AUGGGUUCUUUUAAUUCCUACUGCCUCGAACACUGGUUCAAGGGUCAACAAGUCUGCAGCUCCGAAGCGAGUACACAGGACAGCCCCCGCCAAAAAGGCAACUCAAUCGGGAAGGAAUUCGAAUUCCAAGCAGAGGACACAAAGAAGGUGGCAUUCAAAUCUGCCUUUCCCAAGAAGGCAAUCCCAAAGGUCGUUCCCAAGAAAACCGUGGUACCACUGGGAAUCUAUUUAACUAGUUAUGUCAUUGUCCCAUUGAACAUUGCAGAAGAGCCCGAUUUACUGGUACUACCAUCAGGUGAACCAAUCGGUUCGGGCCCCUGUGUAGCUGAAAUCGAGCGCAGGCGGUGA